AAACAAUCGACUGUCUCGUAUCAAGUGGCAGAUCCUUAGACGAUGGAGAGACAUACGAGGAUCAUCAAUUUUUCAUGGGAACGGAUUCUAAUUGCUCUCAUGACGUUCCUCGUCACAGCCGAGGUCCACAUUCUCAUUCUCUCCGGCAGUGCGCAGGCCGAAGGCAAUAUUCAUCACCUUGAUUUCAUUGCGCAGUGUAUUAUGUGGAGCAUCGCAUCAGAAAAAUUGAAUGACAAAAUGAUCAGAUGGUAGAUGUGGUAUUUUUUUGAAAGUUAUGCUGGAGGAGAAAAAUUAUACGAGGUUGUGCGCUACCAAGAGUAUGCUGGUCGUGAAUGGCAUGUUUCCUGGUCCAACAAUAAGAGUUCGAAAAGGGGACACCGUCUAUGUUAAUGCCAUCAACAGAGGGCCCUACGGCGUCACUCUUCACUGGCACGGGGUAAUGCAACCGAGAAAUUCAUGGUCUGAUGGUCCGGAGUACAUAACGCAGUGUGCAAUCCAACCGGGUACAAAUUUCACGUACGAAAUUGAUUUUUCGACCGAAGAAGGAACCGUGUGGUGGCAUGCCCAUAGCGAUUGGACGAGAUCAAGCGUCCAUGGUGCCAUUGUUGUUCAUCCAUCGGAAGGAACUACUUAUCCUUUUCCUGAGCCUGAUGGAGAAGAGGUUCUGGUGCUGGGAUCUUGGUAUACAGGCGAUGUCAAUGAGAUGGUUCAGGCGGACUUAAAGGCUGGGGAUGACUUGCCCGACUCAGAGGCUUACACUAUCAAUGGCCAGCCUGGGGAUUUUUGCCCUUGCUCAAGCGAUUCAACCUAUAGAUGGCAUGUGGACUACGGGAAGACCUAUCUCCUCCGGAUCCUGAAUGCAGAUAUGAAUGCGGAGCUCUUUAUGGCCAUCGCAGGGCACAACAUUACCAUUGUGGGGUCGGAUGGAGCAUAUGUCAAACCCUUCGUGACGAAUUACAUCAUGAUUUCUCCUGGACGCACUAUCGAUGCAUUGCUCACUGCAAACCAGACUCCGAGUCACUACUACAUCGUUGCCAGGCAAUACAAUAGCGGGAUCAUCUCGUAUAAAGUCUUUGACCACACAAAUGCAUCUGCAAUCCUGCAGUACAACGGGAACUAUACAGCCCCAGAUAAGCCAGAGUUCCCGACAACCUUGCCAUCCUACUAUGCCAUCGAUGCGACAGUAAACUUCACGAUGCAGUUCCGAAGCUUGGCAGAUGAAGAUCACGCAAUUGAUGUCCCACUGAACAUCACGACAAGAAUGUUCAUAACAGCCUCGGUUAACGAAUUGGGAGAGAAAAGCUAUCUCAGAAUGUCCUCUAGCUUCAACAACAUAAGUUGGGUAAACCCACCGGUUGAUGUUCUGACGGCCUAUUACAGGAACAUGAGCGGCUACUACACUAGUGACUUCCCAGAUGAGCCGCCCGCAUUCUUCGAUUUCACGGGUAUGUUAUCAGCAAACACCUCUGCUUCAGACUUUGGGACCCGAGUGAAAGUUUUGAACUACGGUGAGGAGGUUGAAAUAGUGUUCCAGGGCACAAACGUGAUAAACGCAUCCAUAAAUCACCCGAUGCACCUGCACGGCUACACCUUCUACGUGGUCGGGCAAGGGCAAGGGAACUUCGAUGGCGAAAAAGACCCCAAAACUUACAAUCUAGUCGACCCCCCUCAGCUCAACACCAUCUCUUCUCCCAAGAAUGGAUGGGUUACUCUACGGUUCAAGGCCGAUAAUCCUGGCGUGUGGUUACUACACUGUCACUUGGACAGACAUUUAUCCUGGGGGAUGAAUACAGUUUUGAUCGUAAAGAAUGGGCCGACUGCGGAGACAAGUCUGAGGGAACCUCCUGCGAAUAUGCCUUCAUGUGCAAUUGAAUCAAACAUCAAAGAGGCCGUUGAUGACAAAUCGUUAACGGGUUGAUUUUCACAUAUCCGAGCAUUUCAUCCAUCAAAUGCAGGACAUAAUUUUCGUCUUUGUCCAUUUGUUAUCGAAAUAAGAAGAAAAUACGAUGUAGGGCCUUUUAUGACAGGAAUUUAAAUAUACAUUCGUAAUUAUCAAUAUCUUUGAUAUUUGGCCAAUGUAAUGAUGAUUGCUUGAUAUGUCAGAGAAUUAGCAAAUUAUAUA